CCAUGAAGCGCAGAGAAGUGCCCACGUCACAAACCCGGCCGGCCGCCCGCGGCCUUCCGCUGUGCGAGCCCUCGGCCCUGUCCCCCCAGAUGCAGCAGCAGGAGCUGGCGCAGAUGCGGCAGCGGGACGCCAACCUCACGGCGCUGGCCGCCAUCGGGCCGCGGAAGAAGCGGAAAGUGGACUCGCCGGGCCCCGGCUCGGGCACAGAGGGCGCUGGUCCGGGCUCCGCAGUCCCAGGCAGCUCCGCCGGCGGCGCCCCCCGACAGUUCACGCGGCAAAGGAUCACGCGGGUCAACCUCAGGGACCUCAUCUUCUGCCUGGAGAACGAGCGCGAGACGAGCCACUCCCUGCUGCUGUACAAGGCCUUCCUGAAGUAGCCGCGGCCGCGGGCGCCGAGAGGCCUUCUUGCCAAACAAGCCAUAGCGACCCGCCGCCGCGCGCGGGCCCCCCAGGGUCCGCGGCCGGCGCCCUCGUUUCGUUUAUUUUAUUUUUGUAUUAGUCAGUUGGCAAAGCGAACUGAUUUUUUAGACUAUUUAUCUCCCGCCGCGCUGUCCAGAACGCAGGAGCCGCCGGCGGCCAGUCCGCCCUGUACAAAUGCAUUUUAUUUGCUAUAGUUUGUAAAGCUGUAAAGUUAAAAGAAAUGAAACCUUUUCAGCAUAAAUAUAUUUUACUUGCACUGUGUUUUUUAGCUAAAAGUGAAAACUUAGAUGAAAUAAAAUCAAAGUCGAGGAGAAUCAUCAGAAGACUGUUCUCGGUGUGAAUCACGUGUGGACAGCGGCGGGUGUACUCUGUCGGUGAUUGUACAUGAUUUCGGCGCAUCCGGAGAUGGCUGCGGGAGCUGUGAUUAUUUUGCUGAGAGACCGACGCGAGCUGCCGCCACUGUGCAGGCUGCACAGCAGAGAGCCCUCUUUGUACCUAUUUUUUUAUUACAAAUAUACUAAUUGGUUCUUUAUAUUUUCAGAGGUUAUUGUAUCAAAUUGUCUAUGAUAGUACUUUUAUGACUGUAAAUACGGGCUCCGUGUGGACCCACGGCAGACUUUUGAUUCGCGCGUGUGAACUCGACGCUGAUCAGUAUUUUUUAUCAACACCCGAAAACUGUUACACCUUUUAUUUUGUCUUUUAGAAAAUCCCCGUCUUUCCAUUUUUUCAUGUAAAUUUUGCAC